AUGAUACAAGCACAUUUGACCUGUGUGAAUGCACUACGAUUUGUUUCGAUUUGCGCCUUCCAAGUUCAGCUUAGUCUCCUACAGGAGACCUCGGCUGGGCAUGGUGCCAGUUCAAGAAGAUAUCGCCUAUGCGACACCUCACAGGCUCCAUCCCACGGAGUUGCUUCAACGGAAGGGAGCGGAGAUCGAGUUCGGAAGGGGAAGAAAGGCUCUGAGGUUCAUACCACAGGGAACAAGCGGGUGUCACACACCACUCAGCCGCAGGGCUAUCCAGAUUCGCCUUCCUCACUGACCGCAGAAGGGCAUAGCAGUGGAUGGCCAGAGGAUCUCAGCGGCCUUGAAGCUGACACAGGCUUGGCAUCUUUCGGCGUGGAAAGAACGGUCUUCUUGGAGCACAAGGCCUGCCUUUUGACCAUUCACGCCGAUGGAUCCCCACGGCUGUGGUCCACAAAACAAGCCGAAUUCCUGGGAAAAUUGGACUUCAUGGCGAGUCCGGACGAGGUAAUGGAGGACAAAAUGGAGGUAAUAACAUCAAUCUAUGCUGAUGAUGACAACACGUGGUUGUUUACUGGCCAUGCAGACGGGUGGGUCCGAAUUUGGGAUUUGACGAUGGUCACUGCAAAGCCUGACAUGAAGAAGGGCCUGUUGCUGUUCAAGGAAAUGCACUUGCAUCAAAUGGCAGUGACAUCGUUGCAGCACUUUGAGAUCAGUGGCAAAGUGGUCAUUGUUUCAGCCUCAUCUGACUGGACCGUCGCAAUGCACACAAUGGAUGGAGCUCGCAUUGGGAACUUCAGUCAUCGCGGCCCGCAAUGGAGGCUAUCAGACCAAACCACGUGGUGUGAUCAGCCACCGCCUUCCACUGAAGAGGGCAUCCGAGGGCCUGAAGACGAUGACCGCUGGGGCAUCAGUCCGCGCAGAACAGCUGGAGGUCCAGGUGGCCACCGAGAUGGUGCAACCACGAAAGGGACUGUUCCAGGCAUUGGAAUUGGCGUUGGAAUGCGCACUCCAAGAGCCUCCAAGGUGCGAACAAGACCCGUCAUUCCUGCUCCGGUUCAUUCAGGGCAAGGUGACUUUGGAAAGCUAAGCGUGGUUGAGCGCUUCAAGCCAGACCUCACCCUUGCUGAACAGGAGAGACAAAGACUGCAAAAGUUUGCUGUUUCCGAACACACUCAUCGCUCUGGCAAAGUUUGGAGCAGGCUGCGCGACAAGGCCAUGCUGUGCACAGAUGGUACAAAUGGCUAUGCGGCACUCAAUGCGGGCCGCGCCCCAGGGCAGGCAUGCGGUACGAAGAAUCAGAUUGAUGCCAGACAAUGCCAAGCAAUGCAAAGAAACGAAGAAUAUCAGCGCGUUGAACUUAGCAUCAGCGGGGCUACACCUGGCAUGCUGGAAGUCCGACGACUGGGUGGGAUCACAGAGAAUCCAGCAGUAGCAAAGCAAGAAAUCUGCAAAAGGUCGGUGGAUGUUUUGGCGAUUCUGCGGCAAGAUCCAAUGCGCCCAUGGGAGAAGGCACCACCCUCUUUAUCAAUGCAGAAGAUCCCGUGGGCGCAGUUGCAGGAGCCUCGAACUGUGGCAGCGGAAGUCUUCAUGCAUGUGUCCGGCACUGCUUUGGUUGCAUCCUGUGUAGCUGUCAGUCUCUUGGCUGCUGGAUCGUGUCGAAAUACCAGGAUACAGAAGUUUGCAACACUUCUACUUCUGGCAGAUGCACUCCUUUGCUUUGUAGCUACGAUUGCAUUGUCCAGCUGGUGUGCCACCCGAUUGCGGCCGUCAGUUGCUCGCGUACUUUACGGCUUAACAAAUGGUGAGGCUGCAAUCCAGCCCCAUCGCUUCGAGAUUUGGCCUGGUCCUGGAAGCCUUUGCUUCGUGGUGGCGGGCAUUUGCAGUUUUCUCGCUGCCUUGAUCUUGCUUGGGCUCGACUCGCUCGACGAGAAGGAGUUGCAGGGCUCUGGUCUGGCCAAAAUCCGUUCUACAAAGUCUCCCAAACACAAGGACAAACUUGUGCGAUUGGUUGCACAAAGCAGAAAGGAGUUGGUGCGCUCGCAGCAGCAGUGGGCCGAUCGUUUGCUGAUAGGAUGCGCCUCGUGCUUUGCAUUCCUGUUGCUCUCCAGCCUUUGGAUCAUAGGCCAAAAAGCCGUAGACCUUGGAGUCAAAGACGCGCUGAACAAGCCAACUUGGAGGCAGCGAAGGCAUGGUGUGCCGUGGCGCCAGGACUAUCGGGAGGCUUGGCGAGACGUGAAAGCUGCAAGCAUUUGCACAGGAAUAAGAACUGCCAUCAAGAUCGAUGACUUUCGCAAGUCUGUUCAGGAGAAAGCAGAUCUGACAGCGCAGCAAGUGAAGGGUGGGUUGAGACUUUGGGGUGAACAACACCACCGAAGCAGAGAGCCACAAAGCAUGGCUUCAAAAAGUUGCAGAGUGUGCCGAGUCAGAUUCAAGGAGAGCAAUUAA